GAAAAGGGGUAGGUCACCAUGUCCUGUUGCUCUGUUCUACUAAUCUUCCCCCAGCACACUCGGAGUUGGACCCUGUAGCUGCACACUUAUUUACACAGCAAUUCUUGCACAGAUCAGCAUCAUCUAUCUUCUCUAGAUUUACUGUGUUGAAAUGCUGAUGGCUUUGAGUUAUGGUAGUCAGCCUAAUCUGCUUCCACAGCAGUACCCCCCUCCUCUACUGCCAAAACCAGGGCGAGACAAUGCCCGUCUGCAGAAACUCCUGAAGAAAAGCACCAAGAAGAAAAUCGGCUCUUCCUCUCAGACACCCAUCCCAUUCAGGUCGAACUUGUCGCCAGUCAAUGAGGCCAGCCCUGACCUGGAGCACAGUGAUCACUCCACCCCUCCAAGGACUCCAGAAACCCCUCUCUUCAGCAGGACCCUCGACUCUCAAUAUCCCUCCUGCAGCCCAUUCUAUCAUCACUCCACCUCCUCAUACUUAUACCCUUCCAACAGCUCACACUACAGCUCUACACCCACACUGUCUGCUCAGUCGUACUCUUACCCCGCCCCAUCACUGGAGCACCAGAUAGCACCUCUAUACACAUGCUCAUCUAUCCUUUUUGACGAUGACUCAGAACAGGCCACAAACACUGACCCAGAUACGUCCUUUGAGAUAGCCUACAGUCCAACGCUUCAGUCCAGUUCCUCAAGAGCAGGGGCGAUGCAUGGCACAUUCGGUGAACGACAGACCUAUCAAACCUCAGUACAAAUACAAGCUCCCCCUUUGGCUCCAGUUCGACCUCCCGCUCCAAAUUUGACAUUGGCCUGUGCGCCGGGUUACCAGACACAACCUUCCAUCUCUCAGGUUCCAGUGAGCCAAUCCAACAGGGAAGGAUAUAAAAACGUUGCACCUGCACCCAUUACUCACACACCUCUCACACAUAAUCACGUCAUGGAAACAGCUGGGUCACACUUCAAGACUUCCACAAUGGAGAAAAUAGCUGCUUUUCCACAAACAAGGAUUUAUACUCCAAAAACCUCCUUUUAUGAGAUAUCAAAGCCACCUAUUCAGGACUCCUGGACUUGGGGUUCAACGUUUCAAGAAGAAGUACCAUUUAAUGGAAAAAAUCCAGUGAUGGAUGUUAAACAAAAUUCAGGCAUACUGUCUGAAGCUCAAACACCUUCUAGUCAGAUAAAUACAUAUGUAAGCCCAGUUACAGGGGCAAAAAGACCUGUUUUGGAGGCUUCUGCACAUAAUCAGCCCUUGUUUGCAUUUAACUCUACAUUAUCCACCGCAAUGGUCUCUACAGAAAACCAAAAGGGGCCCAUACCUCAAAAUCACUGUCUCCAACCUCCCUCAUCGACUAGUGUAAAAGCCCAAAGUGCAGCUGGUGAUCAUGAUGAUGCCUUGAAAAAAAUUGCUGUGGAUAAAAUAAGGAAUUCCAUUCCAAAUGGUGUUGUGUUCACGACAGGACACAAACCAUUAAUUUCUAAUGCCUAUUCUGAGGAAUGCUUGACACCAAAGAUUUCUAAAUGUGAAGUUUCCUUAUCCAAGACCCUUGCUGAAGCUAGUAAGUCAGGCUCUAGAGCAUGUGAGGUGCUUACAUCUACAGUUCCACAGGAGUAUCCAAUGACUAAAACUGAAACUUCAGAAACCUGUAUAAUGACACCAGCCAAGGCUGUUCCAACAGAUAUAAGUCAGGAGACGUCCAUGCCUGUACUCUCCCAAAGCUAUCAAACACCAAGUACGCCUGUAUACUGGUCACCAAGACCACCAGCACGGUUUUUGGGCAACCAGAGGCCAUUACAAAAUGAUACUAACAUCCCGAAACGAAAGUCAACAUACUAUGGUUUGACACCUGCUGAAUAUGUUGCUUAUGGUGGAAUCAAGGUGAAUUCACAAGGUGAUUCUUCUGUAUCUAAAGCUGAAGUACCGGAAGAGUUUAAAAACAUGACAUGUGAGAAUUACAUGUCCAAAUCUCCAGCUCAAGAAAAGUUCAGCAUUAUAUCUGAUUUCAAUGCAGAGAAAUCUUCAGAGGCUUUACAAACUUCAGUGGCUGAGCUGUCCUCACAAGUCUUGAUGACAAACCAAACAGAGGUACAAGUAACUGACAAAACUAAAAAACAAACUAUCAAUAAUUCCACUUCAGAAAUACCAGUUCAAAUUCUUAAGGAGCAAGAGACAAUCUCUGGAGUAAAACCAAUGCCUCUAACUUUAAAUCCUGAACAUACAAUGUGCCAUGGGCUUCAAACUACACCUUUAAGAAUGGCCAUAAACCCCACUGCUGUAGCAGAGCCUCCAAGACAACUAAAUUCAGGGUCUACAGACAUCACCAUCCCUCCUUUUACAGCAGAGGGGAAAAAAAUGCCAACUUACCCUUUUUCCCUGGUACAAUCAAAUAUUCCAAACUCAGAUAUUACCGGAUUGCUAAGAAAGAACUUCUUGUCGGUUCAAAAUAUCCCACAGCAAAUGGUGCAGUCAGAGAAUGCACACAGAUCUAUAUAUCCAACAGAAAGUUUUAAUCCUGCAACUGUGAAAGCAGUGCAAUUACAGGUUUCUGCAAAUCAAGAACAGAAAACCAUAUCAUGUUUAUCCAAGUGUUCUUUAGAAACCUAUCAGACUUACUCCGCUGUCUGUGACUCUUCUACUACUAUCAGUACAGCUAAUGAACUUCACAAUAUCAUAAACACCAAAACUGAAGGUUUCAAUAAUCUCACAACAAACUCAACCAAUGUCACAGACCCUAGAAUGCCAUCUGCAGACACCAGAAGUUACACUAAAGUCCCUCCUGAUAUUAAACCUACAGCCCUCUCAAAGCCAGAGGAAACUAAAUCUACAGCUCACUCAAAGUUAGGUGCAUCUAUCUUUACAGCACCCUCAAAGACAGAAAUAUCCAGACCUGGAGCCUCAUUCAUGUCUAAUGCAGACAGUCCUGAAGUUUUGCCCAAAUCAAACAUAUUUUAUCCUCCAGCUCCUGCUAAAACAGAUAUAUCUAAUCCUCCAAGUCACUCUAAACCAGAGGCACCUCAACUUGCAAAUACGUUUAAAUCGGAUAUAUAUAAUCCUGUAGUUUACUCUAAAUCAGAAGCAAAUAAAACUGCAGUUUUAAUAAACCCAAAUUCAACACCUCCCACACUGAAACCCAUUACUAAAAUCAAUCCACUCCCUGAAGAAACUAAAGGUCAGCAGAUGCAGAAACAUGACAUUAAUGUGCAGUCUAUUCCAAGCCUUUCAAACAAAACAAACAGAUCAUCCAAAGUCCCCUCAGAAGCACAGAUAUUUUCACCUGCACCUAACACUGAAGCCCCAGUCACACACCUGGCAAUGGAUAAAUUUUCUAAACCAGACAAAAGCAAAGAAGGAUUAAUACCCCUAAAUGCUAAUAUAAAAGAGCCAAACCCACCUACAGAUUUGGCAUCAGAUUUACAGGACUCCAAUAAAACAAACACUGAUUCCAAAGCUGCAACUAAAUUAAGCAAUUCAACAACACAACAAAGAAACUUAAAACAAAUGAUCAAACCAUCAAAUAAAGUACACCAAGACACGAAAUCGAAUAUGGAAAGUGUGGAGACCAAAUCCUUAAAAUCUGAUACUCAAAAGCCUUUACCGUCUUCAAAUAUGAAGUCUCUCCGAAAAGCUCCAAGUGCAGAAAAUAGUCUUGCCGCCAUGCUUCUCAAAGCUGCUAAAUCUCUACCACUCUCUUCAUCUAAAGAAAGCUCUGCAAAAUCCAAGACAGAAAGUAAUGCAUCUAAUUUGGAUGUAAAGCCACAACAUGCUCAGGAUUUAAAUGCUGAUCUUGUCACAGAUGUUAAAGUGUUGAAGUCUGAUACCUCAAAACCUCAAAAGUGUUCAAAAGAUUCAUUAGUAACUAAAAGGCCAAAUGAAGCUGUAGCCUCUGAAGAUGGCAAGUUUAAAGAGACUCUCUCUGAGCCCACAACAGAUGAUCAGAAGAGACAAAAUGAUGAAGCUAAGGAUGCUCAGAAACCCAAAGGCCUGAAGGCCAAGCUCAGUGGCUGGACAAGGCUGAAAAAGCACAUGGUGGUUGAACCUGAAGUCCCCAGUUUUCCAGAGUCUGAGGUAGAGAAAAAUGCUCAGAAAGCAGAUAUAAAAAUAAGUGGUAAAGACAAUGCUGGAGGGGACAAAAAAGAGUCAUCAAGUGGACAGGAUGUAGUGAAAAAGAAAGAUGAGCCCAGGGCAACAAAAAUGUGGGAUGCUGUACUAUUUCAUAUGUUUGCAACAAAGGAGAACAUUAUGAAGCAGAUACAUAGCAACAAAUCUGAGGAUGAGCGGAAAAAAAUAGAGAAUGAAGAUCAGUUAGUCCCAUCCUUCGUCCACCGCUUGCCCAUCCUUCUCUACAGUCCGCGCUUCAAUGCCCGGAAGCUGAAGGAGGCGGCUGCGAAACCUCUCAACAAAAUAGCUACAGCCUUUGAAAGGGGGCUGCUGCAUCGCAAACAGCAAGGUGAAGAGCCGAAAGACUUCAACAGAACAGCCAAAGGAUUCGGUGCAUCUACAGGAAAAACAGCAGAUGUUUGAUUGCAUUUCAAAUGUACAGUUGUUUUUAACUAUAAAUUUAUGUAGCAUUGUAGUACUGUAAAUUUAUUUCAUGAAAUCAACAACAGUGAGACAAACAAGCUAUGCACUGUGCUCUGCUCUGAGCAGUGCAGUAAGGGGCUGGUCAGCAGAAAUGGAAGCCUAGUGCAUUCCUGCAUUGAGAGGGCGACUGAUGGGUGCAGCUGUUUGGGAAGUGGCGAGUGGGGAAGUGAGCAAGAGCUGAAAACGUAAUGGUGAGAAUGAUCAAACAAGGAAAGUGGCUCAGAGUGUGGCUUGGCAUCUGGGGAAUGGAUGCUGAGUUUAGGUUUGCUUCGAGUCACCUGAGCCGGGUGCUGUGAGCAAACGUGUUUAGAAUAGAGAGCUUCAGAAAGUGACGUCUUGAGCGGUGUCAAGAGCCCCGCUCAGAAUGAGCUAUGACAUGGUGUUGUUGUUCAUGUAAAAAAAAAAAAAAAAGGUCUGAGGGAAAAGU